GUAGCGGAUGUCUACAAUGGAGGCGGUGAGGCGGUGGGCGGAGUGAUCUUCACUCGUAAAGGUCGGGAGCGAGCAAUGGUGAUCGAUAACAAAUGUGAGGCUGGAAAUUGAUGAGAGAAAAUAAAGGCUGCUAGUUGACCUUUCUUACUUUUGACGUGCGGGCUUCCAGUCCACGCGUGACGAGGACAUUCGGACCAUGGAGAGGAAAAGCGUACAUGUCAGGCGUGUCCUGGGUAAACCACAGACGCUGCGAGGUCCAGCCAACAACUUUCACACGGAGGAGGCCAGCCAGGCUCGGCCUGCACAUUUGCUUCUUACUAAAGUUCAACGGAAUGGCCACAAGCACGCUCAUGACAAUGUCAGCCAUCAAAUCAGGGCCAAGCCAGACUUGAACACAACGCUGCCAGUUCGACAGACCGCAUCAAUCUUCAAGCAGCCAGUGACCAAAGUAACAAAUCACCCCAGCAACAAAGUGAAGACAGACCCCCAGAGGGCCGUGGACCAACCAAAACAGUUGUUCUGGGAGAGGAAGCUGAGCGGGUUAAGUGCUUUUGACAUUGCUGACGAGCUGGUGAAAACCAUGGAUCUUCCCAAAGGCCUGCAAGGUGUGGGGCCUGCCAGCUCUGACAAAACCCUGCUGUCCGCCAUCGCCAGCGCCCUGCACACCAGCCCCGCCCCCGUCACGGGCCAGCUCACGGCGGCCGUGGAGAAAAACCCCGGAGUGUGGCUUAACACGGCGCAGCCGCUCUGCAAGGCCUUUAUGGUGACAGACGAAGACAUCAGGAAGCAGGAGGACCUGGUGCACAGUGUGAGGAGGCGGCUGGAGGAAGCCCUCAUGGCGGAUAUGUUGGCUCAUGUAGAAGACGCCGCUGUGGAAACGCCCGCCAGCUCGCAAGAGGAGGAGGGGAAGGAGGCUGAGCGGGUGGAAAAGGAGGGGUCAUAGCCAAGGUACACAACUUAUCAUUUACCACAACUCAAGUCAUCAAUAAUCCUGGGGUUUUUUCCCAUCUCCCUCCCUUCAAGUGAAAUACAACUUCAACGUGGGGGUACUGGCUUUGUUCUAAGACUAAAUGAUGAUUUCUAUACGAGCGAAAAGGUGCUUCACGUUUAUUUGAGCUUUUACCUUCAUCAGCGUUUAGCAAAUGUGAAUGGUGCUAAUAAUACAGCUGCUAAAUACAAACGUAUGAAGGGUAAAUGAUGGUUGUAAAUGUUUGUCGCUUUGUGUAAACAACACUUCUGUUUCCAUUGGAGUAUAAUCCAAUGUUUUAUGCUGAGAAGUAUAGGAAAGGUUGCAGAAUGUCUCUUUGUGUGCUGAGAGAGACUUCAUAGUUGCUUUUCACUUCUUUUUGUUUUCAAUAACUUCUCUUUUAGGUCAUGUUUUGUAUUGACAACAAACCCAACACUGAUACUUAACUACUGUAUAUGUUCCAAUAUUGUUAAAUAAAUGCAUUGUUUGA